UGAAAGCAUUUAUUCACACGUACUUCCCAGUUCCAAGACAUUAACAGGCGAAGUACCCACGAUUCUGUUUGUUUCCUCAGAAACAUGGGGCCUCUUAUGAUCAUUCUUUCUCGUUUUCUCUGCUUCGUUUUCCUUGUGUUCAGCGCCGCUACACCCCACGUCCAUGCCUUACCUUGGCUCCAUGCUCAUGCAACCUUCUAUGGAGCAGAUCAAAAUCCCACCGCCUUGGGAGGAGCAUGUGGUUACGAUAAUACGUUUCAUGCUGGGUUUGGAGUGAACACAGCAGCAGUGAGCACGAUGCUUUUCAGAGGCGGACAGGUGUGUGGUGCAUGCUACCGAGUUAUGUGUGACUACCGGGCCGACCCAAAAUGGUGCCUCCGGGGCCGCACCGUCACCGUCACGGCCACCAACUUCUGCCCUCCGAACAACCACGGAGGUUGGUGCGACCCGCCUCACCAUCACUUCGACAUGUCCAUGCCUGCUUUCUUUCGCAUUGCACGCCAAGGCAACGAAGGCAUCGUCCCUGUCCUUUAUAUCAGGGUGAGAUGCAAGAGAAGAGGGGGAGUGAGGUUUACGUUGAAGGGGCGAGGGAACUUCAACAUGGUGAUGCUAUCCAACGUCGGAGGCAGUGGAGAGGUUCAGGCAGUGUGGGUGAGAGGUUCCAGGUCAGCAACGUGGGCCCCAAUGCACAGGAACUGGGGGGCCUACUGGCAAGCCAGCAUGGAUCUUCGAAACCAGAACCUCUCCUUCAAGCUCACCUUGUCCGAUUCCAACUCUCUUCUCUUCUCCAAUGUCGUCCCUUCCUCUUGGUCCUUCGGCCAGACCUUUUCCUCCCAUUCUCAGUUCUUCUAACAAUUCCACGGAAUUCAGCAGAGACGACAUACAAAAAAGUGGGUCUCACGAAGCAAGCCCCAUCUUUCAUAACUUCACCGUACCAGGGGAUCCAAGUUACUCCAAAACCAACCAAAUUUUUUAUGGCUGGUGGGCUUUGAUACAUAUAUAUGAUCUAUGUUUUAUUAUUUUUUAUUUUUCAUAUGAUUGAAUAAGUUGGGGGACAAUGUUAUCACCCCUGCUCUAAUUAAUUUAAUAUGUAUCUGCAAAAUCAAGUACAUGUAUCUGUUUAUAUAUAUGCUCCAAAUAUUGGGAGCAUGAUGAGUUACGCUAUUUUGUUGUCGUUAUACUGCAUGGUGAAGAAUCAUCCUUCUGAAUUAUUGAUUUUGCCAAGGGUUGGAAUUUUA